AUGAGAAAAUCUAAUUAUUCGGUAUCCCAUCGAAAACCAUCAUGGAUACGUCUCUUCGCAUUCUCGAAGCUCCAUCACCUCCCAACCCUCGUUGCCGGCAUUUUUGCAGCCUGUAUCUGUGCUGCUUUACGAACAGCGUUUGCCGUGGUCAUCGGCCAGAUGUUCCAGAUCAUUUCGAACUACGGCAGUGAAGUGUCCGGCUCGUCAAACACCAUCACCCAAGCCUCGCAGUUGAGUAUUACCAUCUGCUGCCUCUGGGCUGGAAUUCUUGUAGGCAACGCCGUUGUCUUAUCUAGCUGGGUAUUAUUCGGGGAACUCCAAGCAAAAAGCGCGCGGACGAGUGUGUUUUCAAGGCUACUCGCUCACGAAAUGAGCUGGCAAAUACGGGAACUCCAGACAGCAACGUCCCAGGUCUUUGGGUUCCUUGUGGUCGACAUUGCUACCUCGAUUGCAUCACUCGCCCUGGCCUUGAGUGUCACCUGGAAGUUGACACUCGUACUCGUUGCUUCGGUCCCAUUCGCCGCCGUCGCUCUAUCAUUGACCAGUCGGGGACUCCAUCCUGCAAUUAUGCAGCAAAAAGAACAUCUUGCCGAUGCUUCCAAGCUAGUUCACGCCUGCGUCACAGGAAUCAACCUAGUCAAGGUGUUUCACGGUUUCAGCCAGGAGAUGCGGAUAUACAGCAAGUUCACAGAUGCCUCUAUGGAACUGUACCUGGUGCAAGCCCGCUGCAACGCCAUUCAGAUGUCUGCAAUCUACAAUGUGCUCCCACAAUGGCUUGUGCUCGCCAAAGGCAUGUCUGCGGGCCAAACACUCAUGCAGAUGAUGGAAGGGCCAUUGGCCGAGGGCCCGCAGGGAAAGUCUGCAGGCGUUUUCGGCCCUGGAUUUUGCGUUGGCGAGGUCCAAGUGAAGCAAGUGAGCUUCGCAUAUCCCUCUGAACCAGCCCAGCUGGUUCUGAAGAGUUCGUCAUUCCACUUCCCUGCCGGCGAGACGCGAUUCGUCCUGGGGAGUAGCGGUUCUGGAAAGAGUACGUUGGGUAGUCUCCUGGUCAACUUUUACGAGCCCUUACUGGGCGAGAUAUUUAUCGAUGGACGGCCACUUGAGGCACUGGACAAGGAGUGGCUGCGGAAGAACCUAACUCUCGUCCAGCAAGAUAGCAUGUCCACCCUCACAUCACUCCCCUUCGGGAUAGAGACCAGGAUUGGCCCAGCUGGACACGGAAUGAGCGGCGGGCAGGUACAAAGACUUGCUCUCGCAAGGGCAAUACUGCGAACCCCCCCGAUUCUGAUAUUGGAUGAAAUCAUGAGUGGGUUGGACCAAGCAAGCAAGCUAUUGGUUAUGGACGCAGUCCGGGCUUGGCGAAGAGGCAAGACGACAAUCAAAAUCACGCAUGACGUCUCUCAAAUUGGGAAAGACGACUACGUGUAUGUUAUGGAUCGUGGUCGUGUCAUUCAAGAAGGCACCCGUGAUGGUAUAUCCAAAGAUCUCGAUGGCCAGUUUGCAAGUCUCAUCGCUUGCUCAGACGAAGCUGGCGGACAACAAAGAGCAGACGAAGAUGUUUGUGGCAACCCCCCCAGCUUUUGCUCACUCGACUCACUUGUCGACCAAACAGCCAACGCAAUGCUACAUCAGUCACGCUCGGGUGAAGGACGUCGAAUCUCAUUGGGGGUUUCGCCCGGAGCAGCCCUCCUUUCGACAGACAUUUGGGCGCAGAGCAAAGACUGCCAGAACACUGGCUAUAGAACUGAGGAGCCGGCCUUUCAGCACAUAAGUCAAGGUGGGUUACAAUCAAAUCAGGUACCCGAGCCCCAUGAGUCUUGGGGAAGGACAGGUCUCGAAGCCAUCCAGGCCGCAGGGCGUAUCGUACAGAGCACCAGGCAAAACAAACCUACACGCCGUCGGUGGCAGGUUGGUGGCCACGUGGACGAGAGAGUCAAUACGUGCAAGCUAGAGGAGAAGAAACCGAUGAACGAACCGCCAUAUCUCGUCACCAAGUCUACAUGGGCUGUCAUCCAGACCGUGUGGCCCAACUUGGCUAGCGAGAACGGAACCAGGCUCGUUAUGGGCUUGGUGUUCUGCUCUGUCGCUAGUGAAUGUACGCCUGUGUCAUCGUUCUGCUUCGCUCAACUCCUUACUGUAUUCUGGGCGACUGGAGGUCGAUUUACCGCCGGCCAAGAAUGGGCCGUCUGUCUCAUGCUGGUUGCUGUCCUCAGUGGUGUAUCUGUGUUCCUUGGACGAUAUUUCAUGGAGCAUGUUGGCCAGGCUUGGGCAAAUACCCUUCGUUUGGAAGGGAUGAAGCGUACUCUUCAACAACAAAGGCUAUGGUUUGACGAGCCCGAUAACUCGACAAGGCAAAUUGUUGAGACGGUUGUCGGCACCAAGUGGGAGGCGGCCUGCAAUCGAGAGGCAGCAGAGACGGCGUCUAUCACGCAUGAGGCGCUCAUCAACAUCCAGGUCACUAGAGCUUUUACACUUGAAAAAUAUUUCUGCGCGCGGCAUGCGCAGUCAGCAAAAUCAACAUACGGACUCGGGCUGCAGAGGGGACUAUUCUUGGGGCCACUCUUUGGCUUCAGCCAGUCCAUCGACUUCUUCAUAGUUGCACUCGUUGGCCGGUACGGGAUGUACUUGGCAGCGCAAGAACUCGAGAUGUCAGCCAACAAUCUCCAGCAAGUUGCGAACCUGCUCCUCUUCUGUGUUGGCCAGACGGCCGCUUUGAUGGGAAUGAUCCCCCAAGUAUCGGCAUCGCAAGCCGCCGCAACUCGCGUGCUCUUUCUCGCGACGCUCACAGAUCAAAUCAACAAGGAGCAGCUCUGCUUGCACAUCUCCUAUGUGCCGCAGACCCCAUUCCUUUUCCCUGCAACGAUAGCAGAGAAUAUCGCCUACGGACUGCCAGAAACUUCGCCUUGGCGCCAAAGCACCAACUUGAUAAGGGCUGCCCGAGAGGCGGGAAUCCAUGAGUUCAUCACAUCCCUUUCGCAAGGCUAUGAUACGCUCGUCGGAGACGGUGGCCAGAGUCUCUCGGGAGGAGAGUCACAACGAGUAUGCAUAGCGAGGGCACUGGCAGCACGACCGCGGCUCAUGAUACUAGAUGAGCCGACAAGUGCUCUAGACAGCGCAUCGGCAGACCUGAUCAGACGGACGAUCAUCGAUAUGCUGGCAAGCGCGGAGGAUUGUGAGAUGAGCGUUGUAGUCGCGACCCACUGCAGAGAAAUGACGCGUAUAGCUCAACGCAUCGUCGUGCUAGAAGCUGGCCGCGUGGUAGGCGAGGGGACUUUUCACGAGCUGCAGUCUCACAACAGGGUCUUCUCGACCCUGGAAAACCGGGAAUUGUAA